AUGGAAUCCAUAUCAGGACCAAGCAAGGAUGCUCAGCGUGAGCCAGGCUCUUCAGCGGAGGAAAGCAAAGCCAGAAGUGAAGAAGAGCCAAUUGUCUGGCAGGAAAUAAAAAUCACACGGUUGGCCCCUGAAAAGUGGCGGAAGGUCAAGAAAGAGAAAACCGUCGAUACUCAUCAGAGUGUUCUCCUCACUGCCACGAGAGGCAACGGAAGCACCAUAUCGGAAGCAAAACGAGUGAAAAACCAGUCGAUUGCCAUCAAUCCAAGCCCUGAAGCUUCAAAUCAAAUUUUCAAGCCAUACCGGUUGGCGAUUAACUCGAUUUUCCUCUUGCGUAUUCUAGAGGAAUGCACAGAAAUAACUUUUAGGGAGGCGCAGAAUGUUUUGGUUCGACCUUUCAAAUGCUUAGUGGAGUUUGAGUCAGAGAUUCGUGAGGCUUUAGAAAAGGCCGAAUUGCAAAGCGCAGAGGCAGAUGCCACUAUUGGGCAUUUAUUGCAUGAAUCUGACGAUAGCAAGAUCCGGAUUCAUGGAACUGCUACUAGUGAGCGCAUUGAACAGGGACCAAUUGAACAGGGCCCCAAAAACCGGAAUGAACUCGCUAUCCUGAAAGCAAGGGAGCGGGACGAAUUGCGCUGUCUGGUUGAGUUUAUGGAUACAGACAUGAAAGACAUAUUUGACAUGAAGCGUCGGAUUAAAUCCGAAUCUGUUGACCAAAUUGCCUUUGAACAUCUUUGGCUUUUCUUCAAACCCGGUGAUUUGACCUCUCUUUGCCCUGAUAAUGAUGCAAGUCGAAGACAAGCCUUUCGAAUCUUGAGUGUUACCGGUGGAAGAGUAUGCUUUGAUAAGUCACGAAAAUCGUCGUUUGAUCCCGUUAAAGACCGAAACUGGGAUUCGGAUUCGGAGAACGAUGAAAAAGUCUGUGAUUCUGUCAGAUUCUCUGGCGCUGAAAGAACAAAUUUCAUAAUCGAUGCGUUCUAUCUCGAUUCAGAUGGCUAUGCAAUUGCCCCAAGAGCGAAAAGAUUUGUCGUUUCGCCCUAUUCUGGGGAGAGAUCCGUCUUCUCCCUUCCGCUGCGGCAUUUUGAUUUUGAAGCAGAAAAACUUCAGAUUCAAAAAGAUCUACUGACUCGGGGGUCGCGUUUUCUCGAAUUGGUUUCUCGGAAGCACAAUAUGCAUUCCACACAUACCAUGUACUCUGGUUCUACAAUUCAAGAGUCAAACUUUGUAUCCUCGCGCUACAAAAAUUGGAAGAUCAAUUCAACAGAGAUACAUGGAGAGAUCAUUAUAGACCAGGAAGCCGCGUUACAGCAUUUUAAGGAAACUUACUACUACUUUAGCUUCCGUGCCGGUGGCGCAAUUCUGACAUCUCCCACUGCGAUGGACAUGCGAGAGUGUGUUGAUUUCUUGGCAUUUGACGGUGACAUAGUCAUCACUGAUGUCUUUGACGACUCGGUAUUUGAACAGGCCAGGUACCAGGUGUUUCUGGACUCUACCAAUCAACUGAACAGUCGCUCUAUUGCCACUAACGCCUUUUCUGACGAGGAUCUCUUGCUAUUACCCCCUCGAGUCUAUGGCUACUCACUAUUGGAUCAUCGAUGGGCUGCCUUCAAUAUCAACUUUCUGAAGGACUUGAUUGCUAGCAGAGGAAAAGACGGCUGGGCUAAGAUUGAAGAUCUCGUGCUCCCCGAAAAUCACAAAACCAUCCUCCAGGCACUUGUAACAAACCAGUUCCAGCAGUCUGCUUUAGAGUUUACUGGUGAUAGAGGCCCACAAAAUCAGUUCAGUAUGGACGUCGUUCCUGCAAAGGGCAAGGGGUUGAUAAUCCUGCUUCAUGGCGCACCUGGGGUGGGCAAAACUUCAACAGCAGAAUGUAUCGCGGCCAAAUUGAAGCGACCAAUCUUACCUAUCACAUGUGGCGAUAUUGGAACCAAUGCGACCGAUGCAGAAAAUAAUCUUGAAUCAUUCUGCAACUUGGCAGAUAGGUGGAGGUGCGUGCUUCUCCUGGACGAGGCCGAUGUUUUCUUGGCAAAGCGCGAACGUGGGGAUAUCAAGAGAAAUAGCUUGGUUUCCGUAUUCCUAAGGGUACUCGAAUAUUUCUCCGGGGUGAUCAUUUUGACAACAAAUCGAGUUGGCGAGUUUGAUGAGGCUUUCAGAUCUCGUAUCCACAUUUGCCUGUACUACCCACAGCUAGGAAAGGGAGAGGUCAAGCAAAUCUGGCAAAAGAACCUGCAGCGACUGAAGAGCGGUCCCCUGAACAUUGACAUCGAAGAAAAAGAGAUCGAGAAGUUUGCAGACGACCUUUGGCAGCGUAAUGCCCACAAACCAAGCCGGCGUUGGAAUGGGAGACAAAUCAAAAAUGCAUUCCAGACAGCCAUCGCACUUGCAAACUGGGAAUACCAAGAAUCUGGUGCCAAAAAGAGACCAAGACCAAUUUUGCGGGUCCGCCACUUUCGAAAAGUCGCCAAGCUGGCAGCUCACUUUGAUGAUUACAUUAGUGAGAUUUACGACCUACCCGACGUUGAUACAUACGGGGAGUUGGCUAGAAGAUCUGAGAUCCGGAAGGACAGCAGUUCUCCUCGUAAACAGUUCAAGAAUCCGCGAGAUGGGUCGCGCGCGGAUCACCGAAGGUCCACUCGGCGGCGAAGCAUUGAUCAGGACAGCCUUAGCGGCUCCGACGAUAGCUUCGGUAGCAACAGCGAAGCAAUGGAUCCAGAGGACAACAGAUCACAGGAAGAAGAUGACGAAUCUUGUUCGGAUGAUGAUUCCGACAAGAUCAAAGAGUUGGAGAUGGAGCUAAAGCUGAAGAAGAUGAAAGAGAAGAGAAAGGCCAAGCGGCACAACAAAUAG